AUUAUGUAUUUUACACAAAUUAUCACUUGGUUAUUCUAGAUUUUCUCGUGAAAGUAUACUUGGUUACAUUUACCAACAAUUUAUCUGAAAAUAUGGAAGCUAAAAAUAGAGAAAACGCCACCUGAAGCUAAAUAUAUAUUUAUAUAAUUAUUAUGAUUGAAUAAUGAAAUCUAAAUCUCUGACGUCUUGGUGUUUUUCUGUCUUUGUAAAAUGUCUAAGUUGGUGGAGAAUGCAAAGAACUAUGUUUCAGAGAAGGUGGCAAACAUGAAGAAGCCAGAGGCCAGCCUUACAGGCCUUGGUCUGCACGACGUGAGCCGUGAAGGUGUGGAAUAUGAUGCAAAGGUCUCUGUCGACAAUCCCUACAAACACCCAAUUCCCAUUUGUGAGAUCUCCUAUAUCCUCAAAAGCGACGGCAGAGUGAUUUUAACUGGGAAAAUGCCAGACCCUGGCUCACUGAAAGCAAAUGGGAAGACAAUGCUAAACGUACCGUUAAAGGUGCCACAUAGCGUGCUAGCGAGUUUGGUAAGGGAUAUUGCAAGGGAUUGGGACAUUGAUUAUGAGUUGGAGUUGGGUCUUACCAUUGACCUUCCUGUCAUUGGUGACUUCACCAUUCCUCUCUCCAACAAAGGCGAGAUCAAGCUCCCUACCCUCAAAGAUUUCUUUAAAUAAAACUUGUAUCCCUAUACCUGCACCAGUGAUAUUAUCUUGGUAAAGCGCCUUCCAUGAGAGAGGUACUGGGAUGGAAGCCCCGCAUCUCCGUUGAAGUUUUAUGUUUUUGGCUUUUAAAGCCAUCUAAUAAAUUUUGUAUUUUUUGGUCUUCA